AUGCCAACCGCGGCGGGCGGGCGCCAGGGUCCUCAUCGCCCUGGCGACCGCUCACCUGCAGCGCUUCCCGCUGAUGCUCCGCUCCCGGGGCGCGGCGGGUCGCGGCCAACCGCGCAGCCCGGGGCUCCUGAACCGCAAAGCCAGGCGUGCCAGGCGCACCGAACCGCACUGCACCGCACGUCGCCACUUGCGCCCCUCUGGUCGGCGUCACCACGGAGGAGGGACCUCGGCCUGCCCACGGUGGCCGCCCUGAAAGGGACUGUUCCCCAGGAGCCGGUUCCCCUAACAGCUACGAACCCCUCCCGCCAACGUCUCCUGCGCGGCCCGCUCCCGAGAACCCUGGCUCGGGAGAGCGACGCGGGGCCCUCGGGCUGCGGCCGCGAUGCCCUCCUGGCCGGCCCGAGGGCGCGGCUCGCUCCCCUUCCAGCCAUCUCCUCCUGGACGCCUGCCCCCGGGCUCCCGAUCCUGGGCGGCGGAGGGCUAGGCCACAUCUUAGCCUUCCAGGAUUGUCAGGGGCCGGACGUGUGGCAAAGGGAGCUGGGAGAGACUUGGAGCCAUAGGGAGCUUACUCAAGACAGGGCACCAAUGGCAGACUGGCAUAGACUGGUGAAAUGGCAUAUUGGAUCAUGAAAGACAAGUCUGUGCUCUGGUUGAGCGAGGCUUAUUCUGGAGACCCAGCAGAAAAUUCUACAAGGAACAGAACAGCUACGCCCCAGACAUUAGGCUGCUGACACCAUGAGC